AGAGGGCGCUGUUUCAUCAUGCUGAUAUCAGAAGUUUAAGGUAGCAGCCUGUAGUCAUGUAUCUUCUUUUUUCUUUUUUUUUUUGGUAUGACGCCAUACACACUGAGAUAGUCAACACACUGCAGAUUUGUGACACGUGCUGUGUGAGCGUCUCUCUCUAGAGGGCACAAGAGACUCAAACAUGAAACUCAGGCGUUGGAUGAAGAUACAUUUUUGCCCCACCGGAGUCUCCUCUGUAACCCCGGCUCUCCCCGAUGUGAUCCGCGCUGAACGCCGUCGCCGCCAGCCACCAUGUCUCGCCGCAAGCAAGGCAAACCCCAGCACUUAAGCAAGCGGGAUUUUUCGCCAGCCGAGCCUCUCUCUACGGCCGUCGUCUCAUCCGAGGAGCUGUCGGAGCGCUGCUCGGAGCGCUGCUCGGAGCACUCAGAGGAGAGCAGCACGUUCAAUGGGCACCACCCAGGUUCGACCGUGGGCCGGCUGGCCCGGCUGGGUCACGACCCCUCUCACCCCUCCCUGGAGCAGGACCUGCUGACCUGCGGCCAGUGCCAGGCCACCUUCCCCCUGGCGGACAUCCUGCUCUUCAUUGAGCACAAGAGGAAGCGAUGCCACGGGCCGCCCUGUCUGACUGUAGGCAGGGGGCUGGACAAGCCCCCCUCGCCCUCCCCUGGCCUUGCCCUCACCCCCUCGCCUGCUUUGGGCUCUCUACGCAGCAGAAGGCCUGUGGAGGUGGGCGUCCAGGCCACGAUGGCAGAUGAUGAGGACCGGUUCUGUUCGCCCCGGGGGAUUUUUCCCAAACUGGAGCCCCUCCCAGGUAAGGAGGAGCCGACCACCUACACCUGCACUACAUGUAAGCAGCCGUACGGCAGCGCCUGGUUCUUGCUGCAGCAUGCUCAGAACACCCACGGCUUCCGUAUCUACUUGGAGAGUGAUCAUGGCAGCCCUCUCACCCCACGCAUGGGUGGGCCUUCCUCCAUGGGAGGUGGAGCAGACUGCCCCUCUCAGCCUCCCCUUCAUGGCCUCCAUCUGCCUCCUGAUGCAAGCCCCUUCAACCUCCUCCGCAUCCCCGGCUCGGGCUCAGGUGGAAGAGACAGUGUUGGAAUAGGGGGUGGAAUUGGAAUUGGUGCCAGUGGCCAUGGUGGGGGCCAUCAUCAGCGUUUCCCUCCCACGCCACCCCUCUUCAGCCCCCCUCCAAGGAACCACCUGGACCCCCACCACCUGAGCCCAGAGGAGCUGGCGCUGGCAGCCCACCACCCGAGUGCCUUUGACAGGGUGCUGCGCCUCAAUCCUCCUCUGCCCCUGGACCCCCCUCCGGCGAUGGACUUCUCACGGCGGCUAAGGGAGUUAGCGGGCAACACCUCAGGGUCCACUCCUCCACUAUCCCCUAGUCGGCCUAGCCCCAUGCAGCGCUUGCUCCAGCCAUUCCAAACAGGAGGAGGAAGUGGAAGCGCAGGAGGUGCAGGGGGUAGUAAACCUCCAUACCUUGCCACACCACCCCCUCUUCCAGGGUCCAUGCAGUCACCAGUGGGUUCUCAGACUACUCCUACAACCCCUCUCCCCUCGGCAGGGGCAACACCCUCCUCCACCACCCCCCUGAAAUCAAAGUGUUGUGAGUUUUGUGGUAAGGCCUUCAAGUUUCAGAGUAAUCUAAUAGUGCACCGACGCAGCCACACAGGAGAGAAGCCGUACAAAUGUCACCUGUGUGACCAUGCAUGUACACAAGCUAGCAAACUGAAACGUCACAUGAAGACACACAUGCACAAGUCCUCCUCGCCAAACACAGGCAAGUCAGAAGACGGGCUCUCAACAGCCUCCUCUCCAGAGCCGGGAACCAGUGAGCACUUAGGCAGCGCUAGCAAUGCUCUUAAGUCAGUGGUGGCCAAGCUGAAAAGUGAGAAUAACCGCAGGCUACGUGAGAAUGGGGAAGAGGAGGAGGAGGAAGAGGAGGAAGAAGAGGAAGAGGAGGAGGAAGAAGAGGAGGAGGAGGAAGAAGAGGAGGUAGAGGAGGAGGAAGAACAGAACGGAGAGAGGGCAGUCAGAAGAACCAACAACAGCUAUCACUUUGGUUUGAACCUUGAAGCACCACGCCAGCAUGAAAACAACGGCGGUUUGGGAAGCCGACUUGGAGGAGUUGCUGAUGAGGGGUCGAUCCCUCGCUCUCUGCCCGAGGUGAUGCAGGGGAUGGGGCUCGCAGCGAGCAUGCAGCACUUCAGCGAAGCCCUCAGUGCACACAAAAGGAAUGCCAUGGCCCAGGAGAACCACUUACACCACCACCUCAAUCGAGACCAUCACCACAAUCGUGACAUGUGUGAUGGAAAUUCAGUUUUGGACACUGAUCGUGGGGAGGAGGGCUCUGUCUCCGCAGUUAACGGACGGGGGGCAUCACCCAAUGAAUCUGCCUCAGUUGGCCUCUCUAAGAAACUGCUAAUGGGCAGCCCCAGCCCACUCAGUCCUUUUUCCAAACGCAUUAAGCUGGAAAAGGAGUAUGACCUGCCCACUCCCACAAUCCCUAACACGGAGAACGUCUACUCCCAGUGGUUGGCUGGGUACGCCGCCUCACGACAACUCAAGGACCCUUUUCUGAACUUUGGGGAUUCCAGACAAUCGCCCUUUGCCUCUUCAUCCGAGCAUUCUUCAGAGAAUGGCAGUCUGCGUUUCUCAACCCCUCCGGGGGAACUGGACGGCGGGAUGUCAGGCCGCAGCGGUACAGGGAGUGGGGGCAGCACACCACACCUUGGGGGUCAUGGACGGCCCAGCUCCAAGGAAAGCCGCAGGAGCGAUACUUGUGAGUACUGCGGCAAGGUGUUCAAGAACUGCAGUAACCUGACAGUGCACCGGCGCAGCCACACGGGCGAAAGACCAUACAAGUGUGAGCUGUGCAAUUAUGCUUGUGCCCAGAGCUCCAAACUUACUCGCCACAUGAAGACCCACGGUCAGGUGGGCAAAGACGUGUACAAGUGUGAAAUUUGUCAGAUGCCCUUCAGUGUCUACAGUACCUUGGAGAAACACAUGAAAAAAUGGCACAGUGACCGUCCUUUGAGUACCGAGAUAAAAUCAGAGUAGAAGGCCGAACAAUGGGACCUUUUUCCCCACAGCUAUGUCCGCCAUUAGUCCCCUGUUUAUUCCCAGCCCCUUGUAGAUUUGCCCCAACCCCAAACACUCCACUUUCGCCAGUCUGGUGGAAGCUUAAGACCAUGUGCUCUGCACCAGCACACCCCGUUUCCAUUACCCAUUGAAUGCAUGAUCUGUAUCGGGGCAAUACUCUUGCAUUGACGCAAAACUUCGAGCCUUUCUCUUGUGCAAUAAUUUACAUGUUGUGUACUAUUUUCUUUUAUGAGUUUUCUUUUUCCAUUUUUAAGAAUUAGUCAGCAUGCAUAGUAUGUUUUUGCUAAUCAAAAAAAGAAAAGAACUUGUCCCUGGUUGGUUAGUUGUUGAGUAAAUGUGUUGCUGUUUUUCUCUUGUUCAGUUUUUUCUUUUUAUUCUUCAAAAAGAGAAAAGACAAGAAAGAUACAUCCAUGCUGCAUACAUUCUGUAACACAUAUCAUGUACAGUUUUGUUUUGUAACAUGGAAAGUGAACAGUCUUUGAUUUGACCCUCUUCUUACAACCCUGGAAAUGCACUUAUCUUGAUCUUUCUAAAAGAUGCCAUGUUCACACAGGGUUUUAAAAUAUCAUGCAUUGGCUUGACGAUAAAAAGUAAUGACAGCCUUCAAAUUUCUUUCUAAAAGACAAGGGUGUGCUGAGAUUUCAAUUUGUACUAUCAUUUGGUAGAAUAAAAAAAGAGUGCCUUUGAUAUCUCUAGACUGCAUUGGCCAUAAUCUUAUCUGGUAUAAGCUUGGGGUCACAUUAAGAUAAAGCUAGAAGGUUGAAGCCACCCAGGAAAGGUCCUUGCAUCAAGCACCUGACCGCUCAAAUGGACUGUGACAACUCAUGAUGAAAGGUCAGAGAGGUCUUAUUAAUCAUCAUUUAGCUACCUAUUACAUGUUCAAUAGGCUAUCUUUACUAUGUGGAUUUCAUGGCAAGCAUGGUACAAGCAGUAUUGUGUAUAUCUGAAUUAUUUGUAGUUUUGUUUCUGGUAAGGAGGUACUUUUGAGAUAAAGGUAAUCUGUAAUGUACAAUCCUGAACUUGAGGGAUACGGCGCAUGGCUGAGAAGUGUCAUGUAUCUGCAUUAGCACAAACCUACAACGCUGCUUCAAUAUGUCAGUGUGUGGAACAAUGCAUAAAGUAAUAUAUGAGCCUCAAGCGGGGCUAUCUUUAUUUGAGAGCAUUGAAAUAACUACAAGCUAGACAGACAGAAAGCUACACAGAACUGGAAGCUAAGUAUGUAUUAAGGGGAUCAGAGGCAAUCUCUUUCACUUUCUACUAUCAAAACAGGGUCAUUAGCUACGAACUGCAGAAUAAAAGAAAGAUUGCAAAAAUGAUCUGAAUUCCAGGGCUCUUAAAAAGAGUGAUGAUUAUAAUCAGUAUGCAUAGGCUAAUGCAGGGCACAUUUUUGUUUGCUUUUUAACCCUAAAGUUUUUCGUUUUUUUUUCUCUUCUUGAGUUUCAUAAAGCCGAUCAUAGUAAAGCUCUUGUCUCUGCCUGAAAGGAAGUACCAACAUCUUUCUUGCAUAUUCCCCACACUGAUGCAACGUUGGUACAUGUGUUAAGUUUAAAAGCUAUAUUGUCAUUUAUAGGACAUGAAGUGCACUGUUUCAAUUUUCCCAGUUUACAAGUUUACGCUGAAAGGGAAAACGUUGUUGUAAUGCUGUCAGAGGACGAGGUCCCAUUGUUAAAAGCAGUAAAAGAUGAGACACAUAAUCUGUUGCCAGCAACUCCAGCCUCAUGAACCUUGACCUUUGUACCCCUGCCGUUUCACCUUUGACCAUUUGUCAAUUUGUUACCCCUAAAAACUCCCGGCGCUGAGCCUGGGCUGAAAAUUCACCCUGUCUGCAAGGGCUGUAAAUUAGAAGGUUUAGUUACAUAAGUAACCACUGCUCCUACAGGGUGCAGCUCCCAUUGGCCACAGCCGCACCAAACAUCCACAUUUCUGAAGCAGCUGUAUCGUAACUUUGUUGUCAUCGACACCUGAAUAAUCUAUAGACCUUGCAGGCUAGACAACAGACCCCCAAUUGUUGUUGCUUACACUUCAAAAAUCUGUUUUUGUAUAAAUCUUCCUUUAAUUCAAGAUAUGAAAAUAAACAUUUUUGCAAAUAA